UAUUGUUAAAAAGAUUACCACAUUUUUCGGGCUAUCAGACUUCCCUUCCUCCCCUCUCCAACAACGAAAGUCCAACGCGCAAGGUUUCAACCCUAACCCACCCUCUCUCUCUCUCGCUCCAAUGGCAGCGGAGCAAGAUGACACCGUAUUCGACCAAGAUCUCGAGGUUGACGACGAAGAUGAAGAUGAUCAAUCUUCUCAAUCUCAAAACGACGAUCUUGAAGACGACCUUGAAAUCGAAAACGAUGACACCUUGCCCGAAAACGAUGACGUCUUAUCCGAAGAAUUACUCGAAGACGAUGAUACCUCCACUUCCGCCGCCGUCCCCACUGCCAUCCCCGCCGUCACCAUCGCUUCCAUCCCUGCUGUCACAACCACCACCACAGCAGUGGCCUCUGAUUCCACACCCGAUGUAUUGAAACGACAACGCGUUCCCCCUGAAACGACAAUCAUCCCCUCUCAAGACUCGAAGAAACCGCAAUUCGAUGACACCAGGCGGUUAUUUCAACGAUUAUGGACCGAUGAAGAUGAAAUUGAACUACUUCAAGGGUUCUUAGAUUACACAACGACAAAAGGUACUGUUAAUAAUCACCAUAACGACACCGCUUUAUUCUAUGAUCAAAUCAAGUCGAAACUCCAGCUCGAUUUUAACAAGAACCAGCUUGUUGAGAAACUACGUCGUUUAAAGAAGAAGUAUCGUAAUGUUCUGAAUAAGAUAAAUUCUGGCAAAGAUUUUUGCUUUAAAUCCCCACAUGAUCAGGCUACUUUUGAGAUUUCGAGGAAGAUCUGGAGUUCUACGGGAAAAAUCGCGGGUUUUGGUAGUGAAGAUGGGCACAAUUUGGAUGAUGAUGAUGGAGGAAACCCUAACCCUAACCUCAAUAACCAUAAUGUGAUGAUGGAUGCUGAUGUUGCUGUUAAAAUUGAGGAUCAAAGGUCUACUCCUAGAUCAAGAAAACGGUCGCGGUCGCGACCAGUUGCUGGUGUUAGAACGGAGGAGAAGCGUGUGUUGAUGAAUGAUGGGUUCGUGGGGAAUGAGACUAAUGUUAAUGGGGGUGGGAGUGGGAACGGAAAUUUGUCGAGUGUGAUCGAGGAGACAAUGAGGAGUUGUUUGUCGCCUUUGUUUAAGGAGUUGUUGAGCAACAUGGCCGGAGCAGGGAUGGGUGGUGUUGGUAGAGGGGUUGGGGGAUUGGCAAUGAAUGCGAUGCCAUUGAGUUUUGGAGUAGGGGAUGUAAUGAUGAUGGAUGAGAAGUGGAGGAAGCAGCAUAUAUUGGAGUUGGAGGUUUAUUCCAAGCGGCUGGAGUUGGUGCAGGAUCAGAUUAGAGCACAAUUGGAUGAGUUGCGGUCUAUGGGUGUUUAGUUUGUUGAUGAUGGUACUGUAGGAAUCAAGGAGAUUUUUCCUUUGGUUAUUGAUUUAGUGUAGGGGAAGUCACUUUUUUUCUUUUCGGGUUUUUCUGGGGAUUCCUUUGUCGCUAGUCUUUUUUAACUUUGAUAAGAUAGUCAAUGAAUAAUGAUUUUCUAAUUUGUUUAGUGGUUCAUAGUUUGUUCUUCUGUAGAUAUGGUUUGAUGCAUAAUUGGAAUGACUUUUUAGAAUAAAAGAUACAGGUUUUAUUUCA